GUGCAAGAGAUCAGUAGACAUGAGGCUUAUUACACAUAACAUGUUGCAAUGCCACGCAAAAGGCUGUGACCCUUCUCAAAGUUAUCCAUUGGAGCUGAAGGAAGUCCAGCUCGAAUCACUGGACGCAGAGUAUAGUGAAGACUUUAUUCGUCGGCUAAUACCGAAAUUGGACUGGAACGUGCUGGUUCACACUGCGUUUGCGCUGGGUGUGGCAGAGCUGCCAAAAGAGCUGCCAGAUGUUCAGGACGAGGCAUUUCUGCGAAAAGUCCAUCAAGUUGCAUUGGAGACCCGAGUGAAAGAGGCUCAAAUGGUGUGCAAUGGGUGCGGUCACGUCUACCCAAUCAAGGAUGGUGUCCCGAACAUGCUACUUCAAGACAACGAAGUUUAAAAUCUCCACACCUUACUCUGUAUAUAUUAUGAGACUUUCGGCAAUGGAAGGAGAACGGGAUUUGAGAGGGCAUCAGAUUGAUCUCGCCACAAAAUCGAUAUUCUGCUAUAGAAAUAGUCACUGAUUGGUGCUGGGGUGGAUUCAUGAUAUGUAUUUAAUGAUUUAGCUGAUGGGUCUCGAACACGCACAUUUAAUGAUAGCAAUCGUCAACAUUUAGCAAGCGUGUGAUGUAUAUUUGAAAAGCAAUGCGCAAUUCUUCGAGUC